AUGGCUUCUCUACUUGGCAUGUUAGCCUUUUGCCAAACAAUCCUCCAGCUCGUGUUCCCGCCGGAGCUCCGUCUCGCAGCCAUCCACCUCCUGACACGCAUCCGCCACGUGUUCUCAUCCCACAUCUACUUCGACAUAACGGAGAUCGACGGCGUCAACACCAACGAGCUCUACAACGCGGUCCAGCUCUACCUCAGCUCCUCCGUCACCGUAAACGGCGCCGUCUCGAGCAGCAGCAACAACACCCGCCUCAGCCUGACACGUGUCCCAAACUCAAGCUCCGUCACUUUCGGCCUCUCCAACAACGACAGGAUCACCGACGUCUUCAACGGCGUCACCGUCCUCUGGGAACACGUCGUCGUCCAGCGCCAAGCCCAGAGCUUCUCCUGGAGACCAAUGCCGGAGGAGAAACGAGGCUUCACGCUGCAGAUCAACAAGAGAGACAAGUCAAUCGUCCUCGACUCUUACCUCGACUACAUCGUCGGAAAAUCGGAGGAGAUCCGCCGGAGGAACGAGGAGAGACUCCUCUACACGAAUUCGAGAGGCGUCUCGCUCGAUUCGAGGAGCCAUCCGUGGGACUCGGUGAGAUUCAAGCACCCGAGCACGUUCGACACUCUCGCGAUGGAUCCGGAGAAGAAGAAACGGAUCAUGGAGGAUCUCAGAGAGUUCGCCAACGGUCAAGCGUUUUACCAGAAGACCGGAAGAGCGUGGAAGAGAGGCUAUUUGCUCUACGGACCUCCCGGAACCGGGAAAUCGAGCUUGAUCGCUGCGAUGGCGAAUCACCUAGGUUACGAUAUCUACGAUCUGGAGCUCACGGAGGUUCAGAACAAUUCCGAAUUGAGGAAAUUGCUGAUGAAGACGAGCUCGAAGUCGUUGAUCGUCAUCGAGGACAUUGAUUGUUCGAUCAAUUUGACGAAUCGAGGGAAGGUGAAGAAGAGGAACGGGUUUUACGACCCGGAUUUGAUAAACGGGUCGGGUUCGAUGGAGGAUCCGCCGGGUAGCUCGGUGACGCUCUCGGGCUUGUUGAAUUUUACUGAUGGGCUUUGGUCUUGUUGUGGGAGCGAGAGGAUAUUUGUGUUCACGACGAAUCAUGUAGAGAAGUUGGAUUCGGCUCUGUUGAGGAGUGGGAGGAUGGAUGUGCAUGUUCACAUGGGGUUUUGUGGGUUUGAGGCGUUGAAGAUUCUGUUGAGGAAUUAUCUGAGGGUGGAGGAAGGUGAGAUGGACGGCGUCGUUUUGAGGGAGAUGGAGGGGUGUGUGGAGGAGGCGGAGAUCACGCCGGCGGAUGUUAGUGAGGUGUUGAUUAGGAAUAGGAGCGAUGCGGGGAAGGCGGUGAGGGAGCUUGUGGGAGUGUUGAAGGAGAGAGUUGUGAAGAGGAGGAAGUGUGUUGGAGAGAGUAAGAAGAAGAGAGAGGAAGGAGAAGCAGAGGAGGAACAAGAACAAGAGAAGAGAGCUUUGGAUAGUCCUAAUAGAAACAGAGAGGUUUUUGGGUUUGAAAAAGAUCAUUCCAAGAAAGAAGAUGAAGACAAGGAGAAAUGA